CAGAGUCUGACCGGCCGGACAUGGACUUGACACUCCAUCGAUUGACAAGGGUCCGUUGCCCGUUGAUUUGACUGAAAUGUGAACUUGUGACCGCCGGCGUCGGACGCCAGCCAUUUCCCGCUUCCAUUCUCGUCUCGUCACCAAGAGAAUGAAUGAAUGGAUUGGAUGGAUCAGAGACAAUUCCAUCCAUGUACCUCUACUACCGAAAACAGACUAUCCUGGUAUCGUCGCCCGCGCAGUCGGAGUCUCGUAUCCCAAACUGCUUUUCUCUACCAGAGCAAAAGUUGACUUUCGUCACUAGCAAACCAAACCAUCUUCACAUUUUUUAAUCUCCCUUCUACUUUUCUUCUUUCCCCUUCCCACUAAAGUCUUUUACCCUUCCUCCACCGAAACAUCCUUCCGUCUACUCCAAUUGCGGUCUUCUCAUUGCCCUUACCUAAGGCAAAUACUAUUAUUACUCACUUGUUUUUGUCCCCCCCUGCCCCUCCAUCCAUCGCAAGCACAGGACAGGCACAGGUACCGCGAGUGAGCGAGCGAGCGCAACAUAGGCCAAGUACAGUACAGUACGAACGAGCAUCAACCCAGUCAAGUCCGCGCGAGCCAUCUAUUCCCGAACCCUUGUCUUUUCUUUUUCCUCCCCUCCUCAUCAUGGCCACGGCAGACAAACCUCGGCGACGGUUUCUUCCAGAGCCCAUUGAGACCACAUUUUCAACCAGUCGAUCAAGCAACAGAUCAGAUAAAAAAAAGACGCCUCGCACAAUGAGACCUAAUCCCGAACCCACACCCGAGCCCUCGCCUCGUUCUCCCUCGCCUGGUCUGAACGAGUUGCAGAAGAAGCACCAGCAGCGACCAAAGCGACGCUUCGCUCCUCAGUUGAUCGAAUCGUCCCGUAGAAGCCGCAGAGUUGGAGAUGCAGGACCUGCGACCAAACCUACCGACAAGACCGACAUUACCCCUUACACAAAGAACAUCUACACCGCCACAAAACACCGCGGCAGACGACGAGACGAUGCCCACGAAUCCCCUUCCAAUGGCCCCAGACGUCGCGAGUCCGAGGACGAGAACGUCGUUUCGUUUCUGCUAGAGAUUGCUGCGAAGGAGGCAGAGCGCCAGAUGCAGGAGGCCGCUCUGGCUGCGUUCCCCAACAGUCACGUUCGUGAAGGAAACGUGGAUCACUUUUAUUUCCGUGAGAGUUCAGGAAGCGAUCAAUCUCCCGAGAGCACUUCUCCCAUGCAUGAUCACCAUGGCCAUCCCGUCAAGCAUCAUCAUAAUGUGCGGCGGCAAUCGUCCGACAGCAAUCUCGGCUGGUGGCAUAAACACAUGCAGGAGCAUGUCGAGGCCAAGCAGGAGCAGGAACAGCAGCAGAAAGAUGAGGAUGCUAUGGCGAUUGACGAGAAGCCUGGGGAGAUGGACACCCUCGUUGAAGAACCUGUAGUGGAAGCACCAGUGGUUAAGAAGGACGAGGAUGUCAUGAUGCGAACCGAUACGGCAGACCUCGAUGCAAUGGACCUCGAACCUCCUCCGGAUCCGAUGUGGACCACCUCAAACACCCCUCGUGAUAGUAGUAGCAAGCGGUCAUCGAUCGGUGUUAGUGGUCCGAUUGGUGAGACGCAUAUGCCGUUGCUCGAUACAGAAUCUUAUUUGACAGCCGAGCAACGAAGUAAGGCAUCGUCCCCGGCACCUGCAGCAUCCCGACACAUUGGCGAAUCUACGAUGCCCUUCAUCCCGUCGGCCCCGGCCGUUGGCUCUGCAGAUGUCCCGUACGCCAAAGCUUCUCAAAUACCCCCAGACACCGGCGGCUUUGCUGCCACGCGCAACCUCGCCCGACCCUUCGGAUACCGACCUUUCGGACGCGGAUCGCCUGCUCCCUCGUUCCAGAAGAAGCGUCUGGGUGUCACACCGCCCAUGCUCGGCAAAGAUCUCGUCUUCCGGAGGUGUCCGUCUCCUAAGCAAACCAAGCUCGAGCCCGAUCACCCAUUCGCAGAACGCCAUGCUGAAGAGAAGUUCCGGGAUCUUUCGGGUCAGAAUGGUCUCUGGAGAGGCUAUUGCUUCAGAUCAGACUCGAAUGAUAACUACCUGGUGCCAGCAGACCUGCAUGCCCCACCAAUGCUCGCCACGCCCAGACCGGCGGCCACUCCCGGUGACGCUUCAAAAAUCAGCUCUCCACCAUACACAGACGAGCCUGCCAUGGUCGGAGCAGCCAAUGGCCAGGCCAACGGCAUAGCGCAGCACCGGGCACGGGCCGGUCCCCCCAAGGGACUCCACAUGCUGCAUGGUAUCAAUGAGCGUCUGCAGAAGGAAAAGGCACAUGCAGAGCUUGAAGAUAAGAUUGAUCAGGAGUUUGACGAUAGCUUUGUCACCCAAGUGUACAACUAUCUAUCACUAGGUUACCCGGCUAUGGCCCGGGCUUUUGAUGGUGAACUUUCACGGAUUAGCUUGAUGAGUAUUGAGGACCUUGAGAAAGAUGAUGAGAAGCAACUAGCCCGAGGUCACCUCGUCGAAUCAGAGGCCGACAAGCCUCGCGAUCAGAGAUGCCCUCGAUGGCAUGCUCUCCAAUCCUAUAUCAAGGAGUGGGCUAGACAGCACCCCAACCUCGACAGCAUGGACCCUGUUGGAUGGGGUGUCCGAGAACGACGAGGCAGCUGGGCUGUCUGAGGUUCACAUUUUGAUAUCGUUUGCGCGUUCACUGUUUUAUUGCGCGUUGUUUACAGCUUUCGGUUUCAGAAGAUGUUUAUCGGUUACGAAGACAACUGUUUAAACCAUGGGCGGGCGUUUUGCUUUUACAUCGUGGAAAUUUCUACGCAUGCUGUUCGAGUUUUUAUAAGAAGCAUGACGGGACGAGAGAGUCCCCGGAGCGGGCUUUGCUGUAUGGACCAAGGUAGAGGAGGAUCAAGUUUUACAAUGCGUUUAUUUGCUACUCAGCGGUGGAUGGCCUAGAAGGUGGUUCUACUAGAUGACGGAAAGACCGGGGAGGAAAGACAAAAGCUACGAGAGGAGGACCCCAAACGAACUGGGUGAUGACGGCAUGUGAGAUAGCAUCGCUGUAGUGAUUAGUGUGAGAGUUCAAGACUUGUUAAGUACCGCUACACGGAUGUGUAGACAGAAUGCAUUUCAAACUCGGCCGAGCCGACCGAGAAAGUUUGCGUUGAUGAUAAUUAAGGCUCACAUGAGCGUAAUUGAGUUAACUGCUUUAGACCA